CCCCACUAUCCCGAUCCAGAGGUAAACAAACUGGUGGGGAAUCUGACAGGGGCACUGGCAGCUAUACAUACUGUACUCGUCUCUAUUUUUUUCAUUUUUUAAUAUUUUAUACAUUUUAUAUUUCACUGAAACGAAACUAUUUUAAAGUAAAUGUUAUAUGUUUAAUUUUACUGUCAAGUCAUUAACGAUAAAUCGAAAGAGCACGAAAAAACGACGUCUAGUCAAGAUUUAUUUCAAUAUCGAAAGCAUUUCGGUAGUUGUUUAUUCUUGAAAAUACGUAUUUUUAUAAUUUUUAUAUUGUCCGUCUGAAUUAAGCACCAGACUGUUACUGUUAAUAAUGGAAGGGGUGCAGAUGAUCAACAUCCAGAGGCUGUUGGAAGCUGCUGAAUAUUUGGAAAGGAGGGAGCGAGAAUGUGAACACGGCUAUGCGUCUACAUUUCCUUCCUUCCAGAACCCGAACCUGCAACACCAGAAACAGAGGAAACUUCGCAAUAAAAAAUACAGCACGAAUAACAACAGGUCAACGCAUAAUGAGUUGGAAAAGAACCGGCGUGCUCACCUUCGUUUGUGUUUGGAACGCUUAAAAGCACUCAUACCACUAGGACCAGACUGCACCAGGCAUACGACACUUGGUCUGCUCAAUAAAGCCAAAGCACAUAUAAAGAAACUAGAAGAUGCAGAAAGAAGAAGCCAACAUCAGCUUGAGAACCUUGAAAGAGAACAGCGGUAUUUGAAGAGAAGACUAGAACAAUUGCAGAAUGGUCAAGAAGUGGAACGAAUACGAAUCGACAGUUUAGGGUCUGUUGUGUCGUCAGAUCGAUCUGAUUCAGAGCGAGAAGAAAUUGAAGUGGAUGUUGAAAGCACAGAAUUCUCCCAUGGAGACGUGGAUGACAUCAGCACCACCAGUAUCAGUGACAUUGAUGACCACAGUAGCCUGCAGAGUACUGGAAGUGAUGAAGGUUACUUCAGUUCCAGCAUCAAGCUAUCCUUCUCUUCAUAGACCUAAUGGACACACUGUGGGGCAGGGUAGGGCAGGAACCUCACAUAAGCAAAAAAUUUUUAUGACUCACAAAUCCUGACCAGACAGAAGGGGUUGGGGGUGCAGUAUCCUUUUUCAGGCAGCAUCUGACCACUGACAGUAAAGUGGACAACAGUGAAGACUGAAAAGACAUUAACUGCCUUUAGUGUGCAGACUUGUUCACCAGUACUUUUGCAUUUGUUUGAUUUAGUUGAUUAAAUAUCCAGCUGAAAAGGACACUGGUGCUUUUUUAACCUUUUGUUUACAGGAGUUCUUAAUUCAGCAACUGGGACUAGGGCCAGUGCAGGUGGAAGGAGUGCACCAGACAUCUGCAGUAAAUUUACAUCACAGAGAUUCUGUAAAUAGAGCAAAAGUUAAAUGCUGUAGAUCAGUUACUAAUUUAUUUGCAUUUUCAAAUUUCCACAAUGUAUUUGCCGGGGGAAUAUUAAUAUAUGAUAGCCCAUGACAGAAGGAAGUUGGUUGUGCUUACCUUGCAAGUGAGAGAAACAAAUGAGUUGCACAGAUUACUUCCUAACCUGCAGUCUUAUUUUAUUUCCCAGGAAUGUCGUCACUACCUGUUGCACAGUCAGUGAGUGCUAAGAGUCACAUCAUGGGUGUUUUUGUGUUACACAUAUUCAUCGUGGAGGUAGGGUAGCAGUGUUCUCAUAGCAGUAAUUUAAGUUAAAGGACACCUAUUUGUAGGAGGGAUGUGCAGGAAGAUUUUUUUUAAGUUCCUGAAUUUUAAGUUAAAAAGCCUAAAGCAUUGAUGUGUGAGUGCAUAGCAUUUGACCUGUCUGGCCUAAGCCAGGUAAACGGAAAACCUGAAAACCCAUUGCUGGCUUUAACCUUGUAUUUUUGUAUACAUUUAUUCUUUUGGUGUAUGCCCCCCCCCCCCACACACACACACACACACACACACACACACACACACACAGUGUUCCAUCAGUAGAGUAGAAUUAAGAGACAACAAGGAAUGGCAGUCAUUUUGCAGGACUGAUGGAGUUCAGAGAUUGGCCUGUUCAAGACAUAAUGUACUUUGUUCCCAAACCAUCCCUUGGGGUCAUGGGUGUACAGUAGCCUCAAUGAAGGCUGGAAUGUGCAUGCCCAUGUAUGCCUCUUUCUGUUGAUGUAACUUGCCCUGCUGUGGUACUUUUAAGUGCCCCCCAGUGUGCACUAAAUGGUGCUGUUUCAACAUUUGUUUCCUCCCCCAAGGAAAGUGAGUAGGCAAUGUAUUAUUCACUAUACCGCCCUGGCCAGACCCUUUGGCACAUGGGACAGUACCUCAACCAAGGUAGUUGGCAGUUGAGAGUAGAUGCCUUUUUCUUGUGCCAGUAGGUGAGCUAUGUGCCUGUGUAUUUGCUUAAUCAGCUUUUUUCCUGGUUCCACACUUUGGAUUAGUGGUAAACUGCCUUGCACAAACCAAAAAAAGAAGAACAUUUCCACAAUUUCUGACAUAUUUGCACUUUUUGGAGUUGCAGGGCAGUCUCUAUUGUUCCAUACAUCCCUGCACUUCUGUUAUUACAGGAGAGCUGGAUCUGUCUGCAGUUAAGUUUCCAGAUAAAAUUUCAGUUUUAUAUCUGCACUUCAUUAAGAUUUCUCUUUAUGCUAGAGGAUUUUCAUUUCCUGUUUCCUUAGGAUAGAAGAUGUCACCUAUAAGAUUUUUGAAACUAUUUUGUACUUUAAUUUAACUGAUCCUGAAUUACUUUAAAAAGCUUUAUAAAAUGAAUAACUUAUUACUGAUUUCUUUGUGAUGUUAAUUUUAGUCCUUUAUUUUUGUUUCGAAGUAGUGGUCACAAAUUAAAAUAAAUAUAUUACUAACA